UUUCCAUCAGAAGUAAAACAGCCUUGCAAUGUGCGACAAGUGUAAAUACAAAGAGAGCGACAGCGCCUCACAAUAUGCAGCCAAUCGCGUUUCGGUAGUGACCCAAACCAUCGGACAUAUCGGCAGAUGGCAACUGGAGAAAGUGGCGCUCCUCGGGUUCAUAUUCGUGCCGUUCUCUUGGCACGUCAUGGCCUAUCCAUUACUAUCCCAAGAAAAGGCUUAUUGGUGCUCACAAGACCCAUUUCAAGGAGAGGACAUUGACGAUGCUUGCCAAAGUGUGACCGAGGACUUUUGCCACGAUUGGGACUUCGAGGAAGGACAUGGGAUCACCCUCCAAGAAGAUUUUGACCUGGUCUGCCAUAACGCUCACUUGCUGUCUCUUCGACAGAUCAUUUUCUUUCUGGGCAUGCUCGUGGGGUGUUUAGUAACAGGGUAUUUUUCCGACACGUUCGGUCGAAAAGCGUCCAUGCUUGCCCUGAUUGUGGUUUGGAACAGCGUGGCAUUUUUCCACUUGUUCGCUCACGACUUCAGAAUCUUGUUGGUCUUGCAAUUUCUGUUGGCGUUUGCGAGUAAUUCGGCUUGGACCAUUUCGUGGGUCUGGAUUAUGGAAGUGGUGAGUGGGAAAUGGAAAAUCAUUUUGGGCUGUGGUACCUUCAUUUAUUGGAUCCUGGGUUACGUGUCCAUCCCAAUCAUUGUGUGGUUGUUCCCUAACUGGCGAGACGCGUGGAUGGCUAUGUUCGUUCCCACGCCCUUUCUCCUACUGUAUUGCUUUGUCAUUCCGGAGAGCCCGGUUUGGCUACUUAGCAAUGGCCGGGAAGACGAGGCCAAGGUCAUCCUACAAACAGCGGCUCUCAAGAAUGGACGAUCCCCCAUCAGUGAAAAGCGAUGGCAAAAACUCAUGCAGGAUAACGACUUGGCCGCGACUGAUAACGAUAGGGAUUUUGAGGCGGGCGAUGAUACGUCCUUCUCCUCCAGCUCCUCCUCUACAUCGUCGAGCACGCCAUCAGGAUUGGUUUCCCUCGUCAAAACGCCAAACAUCCGGAAGAGAUCCCUCAUUUUGUUCGCCAUUUGGUUCGUGUGCUCUCUCACAUACUAUGGCCUCUCGCUCAAUUCAGGAAGCAUCGGCGGUGACAUCAACAUCACAUUCACGUUCUACGGUCUCGUCGAGCUUCCGUCCAUCUUCAUAUCAAUACUGAGCCUCCUCACGGCAGGACGAAGAAUACCCUUAAUCCUAUUCAUGCUUGGGGCGGGUCUCAGCUGCAUUGGAGCAGCCUCCAUCCCCUCGGGGUACUUCACAGGGAAUUGGCCAUCAACAGCUUUGGGUGUCAUGGGGAAAUUCUGCGUUUCAUCGUGUUUCCACGUGCUUUUUGUCUACUCAUCCGAGAUUUAUGCCACACCGGCCAGAAAUACGGGAGUGUCCAUGUGCUCAUUAUUCGCACGAGCUGGAGGCAUGAUAGCCCCGUUUGUGGAACAACUGCGAGUGCUGAACCCGUUUCUGCCCGUGGCUGUGUUUGGUUGCUGUGCUAUCAUUGCUGCAUUUGCUGCGUCAUUCCUUCCGGAAACAAAGAAUAAGGUUCUGCCGCAAACCAUUGAGGAAAGCGAGAGCUUUGGAGAUACCGACACACUUUGGAAUGUGUUGUCCAAUUUCAAUAAUGAAAGUUGUCAGAGCUUCCUGGAGCACGGCGAAGGAUGCUCUUCUAACGACACGAUCUAACCUCCAACCCAUAAGCGCAACAAUGACACCCGUACCAAAGCUUUUCAAACAAAAUUUAUCCUCAAGAGCUUUGAAUAGUUCCAAAACUCAUCACUGUAACAUCAAACCUUUUUAUACGUAUAUAGUCAGUGCCUGUAGCUACUAUUGUAAUAUAUCACUUAAUCGAUGGU